CAUCACUUCCUGUGUCAGGGUCCUGGUUACGACCCGUCCUCAGGUGUCUCCGCCUCUCUGGACUUCCACCCGUUCGGGGCGUUGGGGCCAUACGUGUACGGAGACCCCACCUACAGAAAGAACGCCACACGGGAUGCCACGGCGACACUGAAGGCGUGGCUCAACGAGCACCGUAAGAACCCGUACCCAACCAAAGGCGAGAAGAUCAUGCUCGCCAUCAUCACCAAGAUGACGCUGACCCAGGUCUCCACGUGGUUCGCCAAUGCACGGCGGCGCCUGAAGAAGGAGAACAAGAUGACGUGGACGCCCCGGAACCGCAGCGAGGACGAGGAGGACGAUGACAACGGAGAGCUGGAACGCCACGUCGACAUCGAGGCGGCGAAGAGCAACGACAUCGAGAGCAAGAGCCACGCACCUCGGUCUCGCUCUCCCUCGGUCGUGGACUCUUGUGUAUUGAUGUUAGACAGUGGUGGCGGCGCUGACCCAGAUCGAGGUUUCUUUGAUCCGGACUUUAAGGACUCGGUGGACCGGAGGCUGCCCCGGCUCAUAGGCCCCGCCCCCUCCGAGGCCCCGCCGGAGUGCCCGGCGUCUAAAGAUCACAUAGACUCCUGCAGUGCCGUCCAGAACCCGACCCCCAAACCCAAACUGUGGUCUCUGGCUGAGAUGGCCAUGUCUGUGGACAAACAUAAAAGAUGUACAGACCCGUCACUGAGCACGGGGGCCGUCCAUGCCACGCCGGUGCUGCGGACCACGUUCACCCACAGCCACCUGUACUACAGCACCCCCCUCCUGCCUGGGUACUCGUAUGGCGCCCUUGGGCCGCUGCAAGGCUCAGCACCGCAUUCAAACAGAUUACAGGAGACGAUGCUGCAGAGAGCCGACACCAGAGACAUCCAGCUGCACAGCCAUGAACUGAACACAGGCAUGAGUAGCACCUAGACCUGGAUCACCUGAACCACCUAGACCACCUGGACCACCUAGACCACCUGGACCAGGACCCUCAGAAACCUUUGUCCACACGGAUCUGACAGGGCGGUCCCUGGAUAUCAGACACAGACGAGCUGUGACUGACUGUGAAACAAACACUUUGAAACGUUUUUUCUAUGUUGAUCAGAUGUUUGUAGUGCGUUUCUGCACAAACAUAAAGUCUCAUUAAAAAUAGUUUUAUUAAUACUGAGACGAACAACGGCCAUUUUUCAACUAAGACCUGCCACAGUGAUACAACCGCUCAGGAAACGUGAAUGAACAUGAAUGAACGUAUGAAGAAAUCUUCAGGGCUGAAAGAAAAAAGAUGUUCAGACUGAAGUCAAGAUUUAACUCUGAUCUGCACGUUCAGCACAUGAUGUUAUUAUCAAAAUAAUCAUCAAAUUGUUUUAAUUAUUAUUAUCAUUAUUAUUAUUAUCAUAUCAAUCCUCUAAAAAGUCAUAAACAGACUUCUGAACGUUCCUUCAGUUUUAAAGUAAAACAGAGAUCUCAGUCUCAACAUCCACGAGCUCACUGCUAACAGCUAAUUCAGCCAAU